GGUUCGUAAAAAUGAGCUUGUUUAUAAGUCAUGAUGUUGUAAGAGUACCCUCCUAUGGUAUGCUAUUUAUCAGGUCUGCUCGGUAAAUUGGGCUCAAAUGAGUGAUUCGUUCACUGAACGUUUAGAAGAAUUCACACUGAACAUUCACUGUUCCCUCGCAAACCGCUGUAAUGAUAGGAUUCUGCGGGUUUUAUGCACUACUUGUUACAUGCUGUGUCCUAUUGUAUGCGAGUUGUUGUGGUGGCAAUUUAGCAGUAACAAAAAAAAAAGGGUUAGUUUAGUCUGGGAAAAAUUAUUCCAAAGAGUGUAGUUCAAUGUGUGAUUUGUUUACCGAGUGAUUCAGGCGUCUGUAUGCAGUCCCUCAUUCCUUUGCCUGGCAAUGCUGCGUGCUAUGGCAGCAGCCCUGCUGACAGCUUCACCAAAGUGAGAAACAAAUGAGUCACUUGAGGAAGAGAUUCGGUUCAGUGGGCUCACUUAAAAGAUUUGGUUCUUUUGAACGUAUCGUUCGCAAAGGACACAACACUACAAACACCACAAGUCCCUCAAAGGAGCUUUAAAUCACUUUUGAGGACUCACUAUUUUAGACUUUAUUUUCACUGAUUAUAUGGUUUAGUUUUGUUGUUUAUUUCAUCACUGUUUGUUGGGUUUUGUCCAAACACUUAUCAAUUGUUGCCAGUUGACUUUUCAAUUUAAUGCAAGUAUCUAUCUAUCUAUCUAUCUAUCUAUCUAUCUAUCUAUCUAUCUAUCUAUCUAUCUAUCUAUGAGGAUAUCAAAUAUUUAUCUUCACGGGGAUGUAUGGCAUUAUGGCAAAGACAGUGCAGCUUGCUUAAACUGCUUAUGUCCUCGCAGUGACUGUAUGUGUGUUUGUGUCAUGCUCUAUUUCAUCAUUCGAAGGCUGGUUCAAUACAAUUCCUGGAAAACUGCCUUACCUGUCUUUCAAGCGCCUUGCUCUGUAUCAGGCCUACAACCGGGAUUUCAUCACUCUCAGAGUGGGCGUUGUAGCUCCGCCCGCUCCUCUUUGCGUCACCGGCGGCGUGGCGGUAGCUGAGGGUUUUUGUCGGGAGCGCGCCUUCCCGUCACUAGCCGACCAAGAGCGUCAGAUCUAGUCCAGACUAGACCGAGAGUGGACGUGCUUCUCCUACAGAGAGGGAACAGAGACCCACCGACAAGCCGUGCCUGAAGCCGCGUUGCGCCUUUCCUCUUUCCCGAACCAACCAAACGCUGAAUUCACAUUAAAUAUGUCUAAUAUCGUUUGUUGUCAAACGCCUCAGGUAAGAUUUUCUUUCUUUUUAUCAAACACUCCGCCUUUCUGUCAAGUAACGUGGUUUUUGAAACGAGGAGAAACCGUUAAAUGUGACAUUUGUUACAGGGGACGCGUAUUUCGGUGUCAUUCCUUUAUUUGAUUAUUGAUAAGUAUUUUGUUUCGUUUUUAGUCAGUGGUAACUUUGGUUUUACUCUGGGGUGAGUUGAAAAUGCGUGAAACCAUCGUGUAACGUUAGAGGCGCGGACAAUGUCACGCCGUCGCCUUCCGCUUCACCGGCGAUAACUAAGCACGCGCCUAUUUGUCGUAACGUUUUACUAACGGGUAACAGUGGAUAAUUUUCUCAUUAAACCACGGUAUAUUUUCACCGUAGUUCAGUUUAAACAAUGAACCUGUCUCAGCCUGGCUAAACAGCAGCAGGUUGUCCAUUGAGAAGGCUAACAUGCUAACAGCUGUAGCGCGUGCCUCUCCAUCUCGUUCCAGAUUGAAGCAGGUUGGCUCGAGUUUAAUGCCCACCCCGCUCGAGCAAAGGCAUUUCUGUUGUCUACUGGAGAUAUAAUCCUGGUAAAAUCGAGUUAAUCAGAUUUUUUUGGGGUGGGUUCUCGUCGCUGACCUACUUUCCGGUGGCGGGAUGUAUGUCGGGGUUGGGUAUAUGACUCCUGGCACAUCGCCAGACAUCAUGGCCCUGGUACAGUAGCUACUCUACCGUAGGAGGAGGAGGAGGGGGAGGCAGGCAGAUUAAUGGCAUGUCUUUGCAGCGAAUAGGCAAGCAGUAGAUACAGGGUGGCUAAUUGUGAGCCCUGCCUAUUGGGGGAUGGCAUGGUCUGCCAUACAGCGUGGGUACAUCCUGUCCUUUACUCACCCCUUUUACAGUGCCAUGUUGUGUCAGAUUUUAUGGGCUGUGACCAUGUCUCGGCGUAAUAUUGAUACCUCUGUGUUAAGCAGUAAUGGCUGUGGUUUAUUGAUUAUUCAGUUAAGGGGAAGUUGUCUAGCCGAUCCUUAGCAUUUUUGGAUUCCCUGGAAUGUUUUACAAGGUCUCCUGGCUGCAAGCUGCCUCACUAACUAACAUGGUGGUGUGUGACCUACUGUGCUUCUAAUCUGGUGCUGAAUGUAGCGGCCACGUGGAAAAUCCCCAAAAUAGUAAUGCAGAUUAAUGAUUUUGCAAAAACGGAAAAUAUCCACACUGAAACAUGUUCUUUAAUUCUCAUUUUAAAUAUUAUAUUGAGAUAUUAAAGCAAUUUUUAGACAUAUCUUUGAUCAUAAAUAUUUGUUUUUGUGGUUUCACACACACUCCAGCAUGAAAAUGUUUACUACUGCUCUUUAUUCUUUUCUGCGGAAACAUCCUGAUUAGAUUACCCCACUCAUGAGCCGAUACAGUGAAGCAGUAAAUUUCCACACCAUAAAAUUGGGUGAAAUAUCCAGCAGUACCUCCCUUCACCACUGGAGGGGUAUCUACCAAGCACUGAUUGUUCAGUGUUAGACCUGCAAUUGUGCCUGAGUAAUCAGAUGAGAAAAUGGAGCGAGAAAAUACAUUCAGAGCUACCCCUCUGUGACAAAGUUGUGAACAAUCUCGCUCUUUCUCUUUUCGGGCUUUGUUCUCUCUCCUGUUUUGUUCUCUGGUUUUUCAAGCCUGUGCACACUUACCCUCAUGUGCAGCCCACCCAAGUCUGCCUCGCAUUUUGAUUGUGUUUUUAAAUUCUCAUUAUUGAAGUGAAUCAGCACAGUUAUCAGAAUGGAAAGUCACUUCCUUAAACAGUAAUAGUGAUUUCUUUUAGCACAAAAAUCAUUAUAACAUAGACCUGUGACUUGAGCCAAAUAAUAGUGAAUAAUAGCGGUUUUCUUUGAUUUCUAUCUAUUACGUCAUGUAGAAUAGCCUGUAAACAAUGCGGCAAAUACAACCAAAUAACAGCAUCAAACUUUUACACAUUAUAUGAAUUAUUAGUCGUCCUAUAUUGAGCUCUGCCAGCAUCAUUUGUUCAUUGUAAUUUGCUGCUUUCAGGGACCACUGUUUUUAAGAAUGUCUUGCCAGUUAACAGGAUUAAGUAUUUAAUCACAGCCAAAAUUAAAGCAGAAACUGUUGAAGUGAAUCUCCCUGGAGGCAGAGGGUGUGGCCUGCCAGGCAGAUAGUUUGUGUGGAGAAAUGAGGAAGGAAAAAAGGCAACAGGCGAAGCGUGGUGGACCAAACCAUGUGGAGGAGCUGAGCGUUUUAGCCUUAACAAGGGGCCUUCUGCCAGAUAUUGCAUAACAUUUCAAAAGUGGGUCAGUGUUUCCUCCGUCCACACACAGACACAGUAAAUUAUAGCUUUCCAUGCCAACUUUGCUAUAAAGACCGCUCAGUGCAACAACAAGACGACAUUCUAGCAUGUGUAAUGGUGCUGGUGCAUUCACCAAUAAAAACGUCUGGCACAUUUCCCAGCAGUCUUAGCUCAGUGGUUUAAUACAUUCGCCACAUAUCUUUCCAAAAGUUACAGCAGUGGUGCUGCAAGGCAUGUCUGUAUUUCUGGGAUUUGUUUUUUUUCCUGAAAAUGAUUUACAUCUUCAGUGAACACUGUCACAUGGCGAACAGUGCUUUUCCACAGCAUAGUGAUUGAAUUUUUCAUAGUUCCUGUACCCCCCCCCCCCCCCUUUCUCCAAGUGACGUAGCUAACAUCCUUUCCUUGUACAUUUUGUCCUUUUUAAUUUCCUUUGCAUUGAGCUGUGUUGUGGAGGUCCGACACCACCUAUGGAAAAAUGUUAAAAAAAAGAAAACAUUGAGUAAUUUUGUCUCGGUGCAGCUCUGCCUGUUCUCUCCAUCUGAUACUUGUUUGUUAAUGAUGGCGGGGGUUUACGUUUUGUAGGUUACUGGAUUGGAGUGUUGUUUUCCUCAGACCCUUCAUAGUUGAAUUUGAUCUGGGAGUGUAACAAGUGACGCUCUGAUUUACUUCAGUCAGCCGCGUGGCACUCCUUACACACGCUGCAGUGCUUAUUUUUACAGGUGUUAUUUCCUUUUGAAGACAUAGCUUGGGUAAUACUUACAUAACACAUGAUAACUCGCUGGAAUUUACGUGUUUCAGUGUGCUCGGUGCAGAGAGACGACGUCGGAGAAAAUGUGGCGUCUUUACAAUGAGAUCUCACACAUGGCCUUGGGCUUGUAAGAAUGGGUUUCUGUACCUGUUCUCCACACCAUCAGAUUUUGGAGAAUACUGUUAUUAUCCCAGAAGCACACAAAGAACAUACUGUCUGUCUGUUUGAAGAUUGUAUUGUAUUAACAGACAACUUGAUAGCCUGAAGUAUGCAAAGUGUAUAGUACAGAGAUCUAACAUUUCUCUGUGUAAAGGUUAUUUGAAUUCCAAAUACUUUCUUUUGUCCUUGUUGUGUCUUUGGGCUGAAAUUCCUACCAGAAUCACGUGUGUCUUGACAGGUGAGAGGCAUACAGGGCUCCUGUCAUUGUGUACUUGUGCGGUGUGCUUGCUUCUGUUCUGUUCACGGUUUUUAGUUGCAAUUGUUACCUAAUGAUUUACAUCCUGCGACUGAAAUGUGCUACCGACUGUAGCCGGAGUGACGACAAGUAAAUUAUGCGAGUAAUUCACACGUUUUCUCAAAUUUGCUAGAAUCACAUGCAAAUUGGGAAGAGACUGGUGCUAAGUUACACUACCCAGGGAAGCCUUGUCACAUGGAGUGUGGCUACAGUUUCAGACUACAGGGGCAGCUGCUCUGGUCACUCUGUCCCCCUCUUUCCAUAAAAGAUGGUGAUAAAACUGAUGGAAUUUAUCUACUGAGCUUCAGACUGCACGUGGCCCAGUGCUCGGAUGGUCAUACUGAAGUGUUACAUCAUUUGUUUUUGUUUUUUUUGUGGACAUCUUUUUUAGUACAAGAGAAGUCUUUUUGUCUGACUUAUUGUAAGACUUGGCAGCGAGUGAAAUCCAAACUUCUUCAGUAGCAGAACAAAGUGUCUUCAGAUGAAGGUUUUGGAUUGGAAGGGACAUUCACAUGUGGGUGUGUCUGUAGGUGGGGCUUGUUGGCCAGGAUUACAUGGUGUGUAUGUCCCUAUAAUGUCCAACAGAGUGGCCGUGAAGUUAGGUUUUAAGAAAAAAUAAAAGGACACUAAUGAAUUUCACAAUUUGACUGGCUGUGAGAAACUGUCUGAAGUUGUUCCCUCCUGCAUUUUCCUUAUACGUCGAGAUUUUCCUAUAGGGAGGAGCCUGUCAGGGGGCUUGUCACAUAAGAUAGGGUUGGAGUGGCCUUUCUGCAGAGGGAGAGGGGACAGAGUGAAGGCGAGCGAUGGAUUAAACAGUCUUGUUUGGCCUGGUUGGACAAAGCAGCAGGUGUGAGGAUUAAAAGCACUAAAAGAAGGUAGUUUGAAAAGGAGGCGUGUCAAGAGCAUGGAUUUCGCUACCAAAACUAUAUGGCUCGUGGUGUAUCCUGAAUAAGGUAGUCUUUUUUUUUUUUAAAGAAAAUUUUUUUUAAUUGUAAUUCAUUUUUAAGUUUAAAAACAUUUAAAAUGUUGUGAGCUCUGCUGCAUGCGUGGAGGAUGCAUGUCUAGUCUGAAGGACUCUGAAAUAUUUAAGAGAAGAGAAUGGAGGGCCCUGUUCUCAGCUGCCUCGAUUUAGCACAUGGAGUGACUCGUGUUAGCAUUUUAUGGGUGCCAGAAACAGUCGGCACUUAUUUCACAGUGAAUUAUUUCGCUGUUAAAUAACAAAACUCAUGACCUUUUUCCCUUUCUCGUUUCCUCCUAGGUUAUAAUGUAUGACCAACACAGAAUAAGUACAACUCUAUAGCCAACGGGAUCUCGAGGACUUGAUUACAGUCGCUUCAAGCCUGAUAGUUUGUCCGUGCGGCUGCUCCCCCUCUCCCUUCUGCUCACGCUCGUUUAGUCGACUGGCAUUUCUUCUAACAACUUCCCAUCCCUCUCCGCGGGUGAAGAAGACUUGGAUUCCAUUGUGAUUUCAGUCUGCUUUGCCUGUUGCCUACCUUUGGUCCCUGUUCUACUCUCAGCAGUGGCUCUUUCCUGGAUUUACAUUACACUCCAUUAGGUAAGACCAUUACUAACGCAUAGAAGAGAUUAAUCUAAUCUACGAUGUACAUUGUAGUCACUUAAUCCUAAUCCGCUCUCUGGUCAUCAAUUAAUAAAUCUGACUAUUGCAGUGCUGUAGAGCUGAGAGAAAUGUGCAGGAAGUAAGAUGUCUCGUGCUAAAACAAUCAUUUUUGUGUCUUUUCUCUGCAGAAAUACCUGCAAAACUUACCAAGAUGAUUCCAAACGGUUAUUUGAUCUUUGAGGAUGAAAGUUUCCUUGACUCCACCGUGGCCAAAAUGAACGCUCUGAGAAAAAGUGGUCAGUUCUGCGACGUUAGACUGCAGGUACGUUUGAUGCCAACUCCCAUAAACUCACACACGGGCCUGGAACCUUUUCAGUCACUCUGUAAAGUUGCGGGAAAAAAGAGAGAGAGGUUUAAGAAUUCAUAGCAGUUUAAAAUGUACACGGCGUCAGUGCAACAAGUGUGAAUGUUAUGUACAGAAUGUACAGUCUGAAUUUUACACAGUGCAGUUUUGUGUCUAACAGACGAACAAUUCAUCUUUCUUUUUUCUCAUGAACAUUGCAAACUGAAAACUGUGGGAAUGAUUUGGCUGUUUAAUGCAGUGUUUUCCAUCAUAUUACAGUUCUUCUCUUAUCUCAAUAUAAGACCUAGAAUCAGAUCUCUGAGAAACUUCAGCAGCCUAUUGGGAACACCACAAAGAGGACCUCAUUUUUAUCCAUUUAUUUACAGUUUUUUGAUCAUGCCCUUUGUGAGUGAUAAUUAGUGAUAAUUUCUGUAUCACUAACAUUAAACCAAAAUGUAUUAUGGCAGCUUUUCUCCAAUUUAACAAACUUGACCAUCUGCUGAUUUUCCCGUCAUCUGUCUUUUUACUUCAGGUGUGUGGUCAUGAGCUGAUGGCUCACCGUGCUGUUCUGGCUUGCUGCAGUCCCUACUUGUUUGAGAUCUUUAACAGUGACAAUGAGCCUCAUGGAGUCUCACAUGUCACCUUUGAGGACUUGGACCCAGAGGCUGUGGAGAUCUUGCUCAACUACGCCUACACUGCCCAGUUAGUAGCACCUUUGACAUCCUGCCCUAGGCCCUGUCACAGCAAGGUUCCAACCUUUGACUUGAAAUGACGUCCUCGCUGUGUUUUCUCUGUGUAACACAGGCUCAAGGCUGACAAGGAACUGGUUAAGGAAGUUUAUUCUGCAGCCAAAAGGUUCAAGAUGGAGCGAGUCAAACAGGUACAUCCUCAGCCUUUUUAAAAUGCCCCAAUGCUGCAAAUCUUUAAUCACGUAUGAAUAUUACAAGCCACAAAAAGCUGAACGCUCACUGUCAUCUCACCUCUCAGAUUUGCGGCGACUACCUGCUGUCUAAAAUGGAUUCCCAGAACGCCAUCUUUUUACGCAACUUUGCCAGCUCUAUGGGAGACGGCAGGGUUUUGGCCAAGGUGGACCUCUUCAUCCAGGACCAUCUACUGGAAGUGUCUGAACAGGAGGACUUCCUCAAACUUCCCCGCCUUAAGGUACUAGAUCUGGUUUGCACACAAGCCUCAGUAUAAGUUGUUAUAUAACUCAGUAUAACACUGCUGAUGGAAACUGUUAGAGAAAGCCUGAAGCUGCAUACAAUGACUGCUGACAGUGGCGGCUGGAGGGUGUUCCCCUUGCUCCUGCAUAGAAGCGAGUCAGAGGCCUCGGCAGGAUUACUCUUUGUAUUUUUAACUUUGACACGAGAUUAAGAAUACUUAGCAGAAGUAAAAUCUAUAUGAGGCACACCCCAUACUCUUAAGUCCUGCUGAGGAUGUAUUCAGGACAGGGGUCUUACUGGAAUGCAAAGGCCCCAGCGUAGGCAGGUUAGAGUGUGCAGCUCCAAGUUCAACUGCAGGACUAAAAGGGAACUCUACAGCUGAGGUUGUGCAAGUCUGACCCAAAAAAAGAGAAGUGGGUUUUGAUACAGAUACACAGAAAUGCAAACUGUUGAGCCUUGAUUUUGCAGUAUUCUGAUUUAGGAUUGUACAUUAUUGGGCUGUGUUGAAAGGAUUAGUUGGGUAGGUAAGUGCUUGAAAUACUAAAUAUGAUCAACUAGUAAAUAACUAUGUAUGAUAAAUUCUUGGAGGGAGUAUGCCAGAUUAAAAAAAGCUUAAUAUUUUACUUCUGAACUACAAACCUGACCUCCUGUAUUGAUUACUAUGACAAGCAUCGAUGACUUGCAGUUAUCUACACUAUUGCUGCUCUCUUCCUUUAGUCAUCAGGUUUUUUGCUCCAAGAGAAGUCGUCUCUGUAAUCGGGCAGACAAAGCCUGUUGGGACAUUUGAAAUGUUUAUUUCAAACCUGUUUUCCAGAUUAAUGUCUUGUGUGGGCGGGUUCAGUGCAACUUAAUACAAAGCUGAGGUGGAUUCAGUCGCCAUGGCAAAAUGAAGCUAUAACAAAGUUAAUGAGUCACAUAUCCUCAUUGUCAGGUGAAUUAAUGACAGGAUCCAGUUUUCCAGUAGUAGAGGGUAUUGUAUUCUUUUCUUUAGUGAAGCAGUUACUUAAUUCCCUCUAUGUGCGGCACUGACUCCCCUUUCUCUUCCUUUUGUGUGUUUACAGUUAGAAGUAAUGCUAGAAGACAACCUGACUCUGCCCAGCAAUGGCAAGCUCUACUCCAAGGUACUCAGCUGGGUGCAACGCAGCCUUUGGGAAAACGGAGACCAACUGGAACGACUUAUGGAGGAGGUCAGUACCGGGCCGUGGAGUCUCGACUCUCAUUCCCACCCCGCCCCUUCCCCUCCCGCUGACUCCUCCUGUUUUUGACGUUAAGAAGUCAUGAAGGGGGCUGAAGUAGAAAUGGCAUGCCAAUGUCAUGCUGCUAUGUCAGGACUGUUGUUUUUUUCCCUCUGAUUUGUUGAGGUUUUGGCAGUAAGACACUCUGUUCCCCUGAACCAUACUACAAAUUAGAGGUGAGCUGAAAGAGCGGAUGUUUGCUCUUGUUUUUUUUUUGUUUUUUUACACUGUUCUCUCUUGGGUAUGUGGUUGGUUUUGAAUACACCCCCAUUUGAGUAUUACAGUGCUCCUCUCCUCUGAAACACUAAUCACAGGUUCACAAAGGUCCUCAAAAGGUCUGACCCUUAAUUUUACUGUCUCACUGCCACUUUUAACUAUAUCUGCACAGGUGCGUGUUUGUCGCUCCAGCACUAACAGGCGCUCCUCCCCAUUGAUUUAUCUCUCCUGUAGGUUUAUUAGCAGCAGCAGGAGACCAGACUGAGGAGCCAGGACUGAGCCACCAGGGUAAUGAGUCAGAGAAAAGAGAGAGAGAGAGAGGGAGGAGAGGAGCACUACUGCCUCUCAGCAGCCUCUCUUUGCAGCCAAGCAACACUAUGCUCCCAUCUGUCCAUGCCACAUUUACAGAUGCAUCUCAUUUCUACAUUUACCAACACCCACAAAUCACAGCCUUUUAAAAAUACAGGCAUCACAUUGUCAUACAGACCUACUUUUCUUUGCCACAUAACUUGACAUUCUCACCGGCACAGUUAGACCUGCUCACCGGCGUUGGACAGAAAACAACACUUUCCAUUUGCGAUUGAUUUGCUCAUCACAAAUUUUUUAUUCAGCCCAGUUAUAAAUCAUUUAGCUAAAUUCAAAAUAACCUAAUAGUUUCCAUCAACAUCUCAUAUUUUUACAAAACUGCAAGAUCUUGGUUCUUUUUUUUUCCCCCUUCCAAAAUUGGCCCCUUAGACGGGUAUCUGAAUAAUUUAGUACUAUAAUUACUGACGAAUGUUGCUUCUCUCAAAAGACUGUGCUUUUAUAUUUUGUUUGUUUGGAAUGGUGGGUGGGUAAAGCUGAAGAAAAGCUUUUAAAGGCAUACUGCUCUAUAGUCAUCUGGAUUUGACUGCCUAUUGUUGCUGCCAACACAAUGACCAACUCCUUCAGCUAGAGGACCUGGUUUCCAGGCAGCAGAAGUGAAAGGAGGGCCACAAGCAGCCCCUCCUCCUCCUCCUACUCCUCCUCCUCCUCCUCCUCUUCUUCACUCUUCACAGAAGAUCUUUCCAGAUGCAGCCUCACAUUCUUCUCCAGCUUCUUUUUUUAGAUGCAAAUUAAAGAGAUUCUCCGUCUGAUACCGUCUUAAGCUGAGAAACGCAGCAGCGUGUGUGUCUUUUUUUAAGGAAGCUUUCCAUCCAAGCCACUGAAGAUCCAAGCCUCUAUCCCCUCCCCCCUCUUCCUCUUCACAGCACUGCCCCCCUCCUCCUCCUCCUCCUCCUCCCUCCUCCUCUUCCCUCACUCUUUUCCCCCUUAUGCUGGGGCUCUUAGUGUGUUGCCAUGGAGACAGCCACAUGGGUGUGUUGUUCCUGUUUGUCUUGCAGGUGCAAACGCUGUACUACUCACCUGACCACAAGCUGGUGGAUGGAGGGCUGGUGAUUGAGGGGCACAGUGAGGUGUUUGGUGGCGAGGAGGACCACCUUCAGUUUGUGCAGGUACUCAGCAGCUUGUGCCUGGCUUCUUUGCGGUGAAGUCUAUUACAUUUCGCUUGGCAGUGUCCAGCACUCUUUCAGCUUGUGCCUGGCCAUGCAUAAAAAUACACCGCCUGUGCCUGGCUACAAGACAAUAUGGCUUAUUUAUCUUUUUACAAUUUAGCCACAAUGUAAAGUCAAACGGCAGCGGAUUAGCUCUGAUGCCUGCCUGGCUAAAAGCUAAUCUCAAUCUCUUUCUGACGCCUCCUAUAUUGAGUUUGGCUGAGCGUCUCGCUGUUAAAUCUGAUCGUGACAUGGUCUGAGAGUAGUUUGCAGUGGUGGGUUGCUGGAUUUCAAUGGCGAGAUUAUAAUGAACAUUCGGUCAAGGUUUAGUUCAGCCCGAAUCAGAGUGUAGUUGAGCUGGUGUUGGCCCCUGGCCUGUGGUGAAAGCCUGGCUUCUGUAGCUGCAAUGUGCUCUUGCAGAAGAAACCGGUGCGAGAGAGUGCCCAGAGACAGAUGAGCUGCAGCUCCUCAGGAAGCCUGUCGCCCUCCAACCAAGCAGCUAACGCCCCAAAACAGACGGCCAGGAGAGAGUGGAAGUACAUUGCCUCUGAGAAGACCACAAGUAAGUGUGUUUGUGAGCGACCUCGAAACUUAAAUGUCUUUUUACAGUGAAUGAUUUUCCUGCAACCAAUCACAGCAAGUGUCUCUUAACACUUUCCCUCUGUGACUCUAGACAACACCUACCUAUGUCUGGCUGUGCUGGACGGCGUGUUGUGUGUGAUCUUCUUGCAUGGCCGCAGCAGUCCUCAGACCUCUCCCUCUGCCACCCCCUGCCUGAUGAAGAGCCUCAGCUUCGAGGCCCAGCCCGAGGAGCUGGAGGAGCAACCGCUGUCACCCAUGCACUACGCUCGCUCCGGCCUGGGGACUGCAGCUCUGAAUGGGAGACUCAUCGCAGCAGGUUAGCACCACAUAGGGUCACCAGUGUACUGCAUGUCUCCUGCAGCGCUCUGUAAAGUCCGACCAUAGAUAAAUGAUUCAUUAAAGGAUCAGUGUCCUCAGUUUUUAUCAUUCAAAUGGGAUUAUGUAAACAAGCAGUGUUUAACCUGGAGUCAUGCUGAUGCUCCCACAGGAGGCUACAACAGAGAAGAGUGUCUGAGGACUGUGGAGUGUUAUGACCCCAAAGAGGACCGCUGGACUUUCAUCGCUCCCAUGCGGACUCCGAGGGCUCGGUUCCAGAUGGCUGUGCUCAUGGUGCGUUUUACGACCCGUCUUUAUCUCCAAUUUAGUGACUCCACAAUAAACUGACACGGGUGCUUCUUUCCUCUGUUUGAAUAACUGUCUUGUGCAAAUAAUUAGGCGCUGUUUUACACCGUAUGACCCCGCUCCGAUGUUUGAGCUUCAGUUUUUAUUGUCUUUUUAUCAGGAGGUGCUCCUAGCUUCGAGUGUAUCAGGCAGUCAGGCUGUUGUAUAACUCUACGACACCAUGCUCUCUCUCUCUCUCAGGGUCAGCUGUACGUGAUUGGAGGCUCAAAUGGUCAUUCUGACGAGCUGAGCUGCGGGGAGAGGUACGAUCCACAGGCUGAUGAAUGGGCUCAAGUGCCAGAGCUGAGGACCAACCGCUGCAAUGCAGGUGAGUCCCUCCUGCAAGGACUCAGUGAGUGUUUCAGAGCAGUCUCUCUGUGUACUUUAUAUCUCACUCCUGUCCUCUCUGUUCGCAGGAGUCUGCUCAUUAAACAACAAGCUCUACGUUGUGGGAGGGUCAGACCCCUGUGGGCAGAAGGGCCUGAAGAACUGUGAUGCUUUCGACCCUGUGACCAAAACCUGGUCCAACUGCGCCUCCCUUAACAUCAGUAUGUACACUCAAAAACUCCAAACCAGUUUUGUGUUCAGUUUUGCUGCGUGAAGGAAAAAAAUGACAAGCUGUACUCAUUGAAAAAUGUGAUUUCAGGGAGGCACCAGGCUGCGGUGUGUGAGUUGGAGGGCUUCAUGUAUGUGAUCGGAGGGGCGGAGUCGUGGAACUGCCUGAACACAGUGGAACGCUAUAACCCGGAGAACAACACCUGGACCCUGAUCGCCCCUAUGAACGUGGCUCGCAGGGGCGCUGCUGUUGCUGCCCAUGCAGGUGAGGAUAGUUGAACAGCACGAUGUUGGCUUCGUUAAUAUUUAAUACAGAAUGUUGGUUCACGUGUCAUCCAUCAUUUUGUCGCAUUAUGCUGAUGACGCGUCUCCUUUUGUCCAGGCAAACUAUUUGUCGUUGGCGGUUUCGACGGCUCCCACGCACUCCGCUGCGUGGAGAUGUACGAUCCCGCCCGCAACGAGUGGAGGAUGCUGGGUAGCAUGACAUCAUCGCGCAGCAACGCAGGCGUGGCCAUGCUGGGGGAAACCAUCUACGCUGUGGGCGGCUUUGACGGCAACGAGUUCCUCAACACAAUAGAGGUGUACAACCCCGACACAGACGAGUGGAACGACUGCACCCAGUCCCUCUCUCCCCUCUCCGACUAAGAGGAGGGGGGCGACAGGGACGGAGGAGGAGGGAGAGAGAGAGAGGGUUGGGGAGUUUCACAGUGCUUCACCUUUUUCCAAACUAACAGGCUUAGUGACGUAAUCGUGUUUCGUGAUGUUCAGUGUGUAUGAGCGGAUAUGUGUGGGUGGGAGGGGGUGGGAGUUGUGGGACGAGGGGUCUUCAGUGAAGACUGGCUUCUAUUUGGUGUGUGGGGAUAUAUUGGGUUGUUGCCCGUUAGCAACAUGACGCCUUUGCAUAUUGCAUACAAUGUUUUUCUGUGCUGUAUAUAUUUUGUUUCUUCCUCAUUUUUGUCAUAUGCCAACAUUUAAUACACACUUAGUGCUUUUCUUUUUCUCUUAGAGUUGAAGGUUUGUCACUUUGAGGGUUUUCAGAUGAGCUAGCGUCAGUGGUCACUCGGACGGUGGCAGUAUGGAGUGGUGACAGUUGACUUUUGACAGUUCAAAGUUUUAUUUAAGAGUAUUUCUGUUGCAGAAAUGUAAUUUUGCUCACAUAUUUAAAGGUCAGUGGGUUGAAGCCUUACUCUGAGUGCGAGUUGAUAAACACCUGUAAUGGCUUUUUGUGUCAUUUUAAACAAGCUGGAAUUGCUUUUUGAAUCUUAAACAAUGGCCUUUUUUAUAUUUUUUAUACACUGCUGAUUUACUGAAAUAAAAUAAUAGUAGCAGACAGCUUCGGUCAAUGAAUCUAACCAGUGCCAGUUUUAGUUACUUUUUUUGUGCACACACCACACACGCACAACCAUGCUUCUGCUAACCAAACUUUUGUUAUUGUGAUUUAAACUAACUGAUGUAUGUAGAGAUGCAGUUUACUGAAGAUCCUUUUUUUUUUUUUCUUUGGUGUUUUAAAGUGUCAGGCAUUGGCAGAUUCUUCUGGAAGGAAUGUUAGAGCGAGAAAUUUAUCACAUUUGUAACAUUUCUUAAUUAAUAAAUCAUUUAAAUCUA